UUCGGAUGAUCUUUUGAUUCAAUAGCUCAUACGACAACUGUUCACCAUGCCGAUGUGGUUUUUCGUCCUGCUCCUGGUGUGUGGUGUGUGUCUGGCACAGAAUGAGGGCAUAAAGGGCGUCAAAGGUGGUCGUUAUGGCAACAUACAAGACCGUCUACAAUCGGAGAGCCACUUCGCAUUGCAGAACGCGACCGAUGCAUUCGUGCAGGGCUACGUCAAUAGAACUAGACUACCGCCCCCGUUGUUGCACCGAGUGCAGACUAAUGCAACGGAUUAUUUCGGACCGAUUCCGAACGGAAUUUGCUAUAAAGAAGUCCCAACAGCUUCUCUGGUUCAUAAUCCAAACCUCCCAGUACCAGCAGGAAAUGGAUCUAGCGGUUUAUACAGCCGAAUCCAAGUCUGCUGUGAUGGUUUCGAACGCAAUCCCCAUGUUUUCACAAAAUGCGACCCGGUAUGUGAACCUGAAUGCAUAAAUGCCCGUUGUGUGGGACCUAACAAGUGCAAAUGCUACCCUGACCACGCUCAGGACUUGGCCGGCUUCUGCCAUCCGACCUGCCCCAUCGGUUGCCUCAACGGGGUCUGCUACGGAGACCGUUGCUCGUGCCACGAAGGAUAUGUACUGGACAACACAGGACGUAUGUGUGUUCCAAAAUGCAGCCAAGGAUGCGCUAAUGGAAACUGCACAGCCCCCGAAACUUGCACCUGUAUCGCGGGUUUUGUUCGCAAUGAAGUCGGCCAAUGCGUCCCUCACUGCACCAACUGCCAUCACGGAGACUGCGUCGCCCCAGAGGAAUGCAGGUGUCACCAAGGGUACGCGAAGGAAGAACAUAUAUGCGAACCGCAAUGUCCCAGUGGGUGUGUAAACGGCUAUUGCGCGGCGCCCGAUGUAUGUGUCUGUAACCCUGGUAUGGAGUUGGACGCCACCGGUAAGAACUGCGUUGCAUUUUGCUCCCGCCCGUGCCUCAACGGCGAAUGCACCGGACCCGACACGUGCACCUGUAAACGGGGCUAUACUAAGGACCCGUUGGACCCCACAGGAACGAAAUGCAUUGGCCAUUGUCCUAAUGGUUGUCCAAAUGGAGUAUGUUCUGGACCGAACUUCUGCAUCUGCAACGUCGGUUUCGUAAAAGAUCGCAGUGUAAAGGGAAGUCAGGUUUGCAUUAGAAGGAGAAAUGUAACUAGAAGAGUUCCAUAUCAACAUGUAUAUAGAGAGCCGUAUAAAGUGCGAUGUAGAGGAAUAUUUACUUGUACAAGAUACAGAAGUAAACAAGCGACAAAAUUUAGAAUAGAGAAUUACAUCGAACAAAUAAAAAUCGAAAAAUGUUGCGUUGGCUACAAAGAAAUUGAAGGCGAAUGUUUUCCGGUAUGUAACAAGGAAUGUGUGAACAGUACUUGUACGGAACCCAAUUUGUGCACGUGCAAGCAUGGUUAUGAGAAAUCUACACCUUUUGCGUGCAGCCCACAUUGUGAAUCGUGCUCACCAGAAUUUGGCAUUUGCACGGAUCCGGAAGUUUGUUCAUGCAAUGAAGGUUAUCAACACUCCGAUGGAGAUCUAUCAAAAUGCGAGCCAAUAUGUCGAACUAGUUGCAUGAACGGUAAAUGCACUGCACCUAAUCAAUGCACUUGUAAUCCAGGAUAUCAAUUAUCUGGAAAUAGUACCGAAAUUUGCGAACCAAUUUGUACUAUCGAAUGCCAAAACGGAAAAUGUACUGCUCCAGAUUCUUGCACUUGCAACGAAGGGUACGGAAUCGGAGAAAGUAGUAGCCAUAUAUGCUAUCCGAUUUGUUCACCAUCAUGCGAAAAUGGAAUUUGCAUAGAGCCAAAUGUUUGCAAAUGUUUCACUGGAUACGCAUUGGAAACUAAUUCCUCCAAUGCUUGCAGUCCUGUAUGUUCUCCUUCUUGCCAAAAUGGAGUUUGUGUGAAUCCAAAUGAAUGUGUGUGCUUUCCAGGGUACAAUCGCUCUUCUGAAAAUAAUGUGUGUUCACCUAUUUGUUCCUCCGAAUGUGUAAACGGUGUGUGUUCUGCGCCAGAAACAUGCACGUGCCGUGAUGGAUUUGUGAAACAUGACAAUAGUUCUAAUAUUUGUGUUCCCAAAUGUAGUUCACAAUGUGCCAAUGGGCAGUGUUCCUCUCCAGAAACAUGUACUUGCAAUGAAGGGUAUAAUAAAACAUCUCAAUACAUAUGUGAUCCUAUCUGUAUUGGCUGUGAGGGUGUAGAAGGGCAUUGUGUAGCUCCUGAAACUUGUUCAUGUAAUGAAGGAUAUCAACAAGGGCAUAACAUAUCAUACUGUGUUCCCAAAUGUGAUCCACCUUGUGAAAAUGGAUUGUGCAUUGGACCAAAUACAUGCGAAUGUUUUGCCGGUUAUGAGUUAAACAAUACAUCUAUAUGUCAACCCAUUUGUUCACUUCCCUGCGAAAAUGGUAAAUGUACAGCUCCAGACAUAUGUAGUUGCAACGAUGGAUAUAGUUUUAGAGCAAAUAGUAAACACAUCUGUGAACCUGUAUGUGAACCAUUAUGUGAAAACGGUUUUUGCAUAUCUCCGAAUCAAUGUAAAUGCUUCGAGAACUAUGAUUUAGAGGUUGGCUCUAAUUUUACAUGUAAUCCAGUAUGUACACUGAAUUGCAUAAAUUCCAAAUGUACCGAACCAAAUUAUUGCAAUUGCUUAGACGGCUACAUGCAUUUAAACACAAGUUGGAAUAUCUGUGAACCAAUUUGCGAAAGUCCUUGCACUAACGGAUUAUGCACAUCUCCUAAUCAGUGUACAUGUAACACGGGGUAUGUUUUUGAAGCAGCUUCGAAAACCACAUGCAUUCCAAUAUGUCUUAACGAAUGUGUGAAUGGAAAAUGUGUGGCACCUGAUACUUGUCAAUGUAAUGUAGGAUAUAAAUUUUCCGAUAACAGCACAAGUAUUUGCGAACCUGAAUGUAUAACACCUUGCGUUAAUUCGAAGUGCACUGCUCCUAACCAAUGCACUUGCGAGAAGGGCUUUAGUAUUUUGGAUGAUUCUCAAACUUGUCAACCAGUUUGUAAAAACCAAUGCAUUAAUGCAACUUGUACAGCUCCUGAUUUUUGCACUUGCUUGUCAGGUUUCAUGUUUGCCGAAGGAAGUACCAGUGUCUGUAAACCAAAAUGUACAGAAAACUGCAUUAAUGGUUUCUGCAUAGCACCUGACACUUGUGUUUGUAUUAGUGGUUACGAAUUUGUAGAAAAUUCCACAAAUAUAUGUGCUCCUAUGUGCACACAAGGUUGUAUUAACGCUGACUGCACUUCACCCGAAAUAUGCACAUGUUUAGAGGGAUACAUAUUCGAUGAUGAUAGUACAAUAUCAUGUACACCUGUUUGUAGCAAGUCUUGUGGCAAUGGCACUUGUACAGAACCUGAAAGUUGCACUUGUGACGAAGGAUUUACUUUUUCAUAUAAAGAGAUCACUUGUAUUCCAGAAUGCAGUCCUGAAUGUAUAAAUGGAGUUUGCGUCAAUCCUGGAAUUUGCGACUGUUAUGAAGGAUACUUAAAAACAGAUAAUAAUUCCUGUCAACUAAUACAUGCUCAUGGAAUCAGUAACAAUGAUACAAACCCAUACGUUAUGAUGGCUGGACCACUGCAUCUUCCUUGGAUAAUAGCGUUAUGUGCGCUGGCGUUAACAAUUCUGAUUUUGAUAACUGGAGCUGUAAUAUUUUUCAGAUCUAGAUCAAAUCAUUACAGGAUAGAUAACAGUAUCUCACGACAAUCGCUAAAUCCAAUUAUUAUUAAUUCUCAGUUUGACGACGAAUGCUUUGAAUAUGAUAAUGAUGGACAUGACAAUGGUUCAUUAAAUAAUAUGUGCUAUAAAAUCUGUGCAUUACCUCGUGAUUUCCAGAAGAGAGCUGACCAGAAAUCAGGAACCCGGAACCAGGAACCAGGAACCAGGAACCAGGAACAAUACACUAUCACAGCACUAGAAUAUGAACUAUAA